GUUAAUAUGCAUGUUCGCUCUCCCAAAGACUUUGAAUGGCUUAAGCAAUCUCGUUUCUAUUUUCUGGAAGAGAAUGACCAAUGCAUUGUCAGUAUUACAGACGUCGACUUCAUCUAUCAGAAUGAGUUCCUUGGCUGCACCGAUCGACUUGUGAUAACGCCCCUUACUGAUAGAUGCUACAUUACUUUGGCACAAGCACUUGGCAUGUCACUUGGUGGUGCACCUGCCGGGCCUGCGGGUACCGGCAAGACAGAGACGACAAAGGACAUGGGCCGAUGCCUGGGAAAGUUUGUAGUCGUCUUUAACUGCUCAGACCAGAUGGAUUAUCGUGGCUUGGGCCGCAUAUACAAGGGUCUUGCGCAAUCUGGUUCCUGGGGGUGUUUCGAUGAAUUCAAUCGGAUCGAGCUUCCUGUCCUUUCUGUAGCUGCCCAGCAGAUCGCUAUUGUCCUUACGUGCAAGAAGGAACGAAAAUCGCAGUUUAUCUUCACUGAUGGGGACGUUGUGGAAAUGGAUCCUGAAUUUGGAAUAUUUUUGACAAUGAAUCCUGGAUAUGCUGGUCGUCAAGAGCUCCCAGAAAAUCUGAAAAUAAAUUUCCGUACCGUCGCAAUGAUGGUGCCAGAUCGUGCCAUUAUCAUGCGAGUGAAGUUGGCCUCCUGUGGCUUCCUGAAGAAUGUUGAACUUUCAAAAAAGUUCUAUACAUUAUACAAACUCUGUGAAGAACAGCUUUCUAAACAGGUUCAUUAUGAUUUUGGACUGCGGAAUAUCUUAUCUGUUCUUCGGACACUUGGAGCUUUUAAGCGUUCUAAUCCCCAGGACGGUGAGCCAAUGAUUGUAAUGCGCGUACUACGAGACAUGAACGUUAGCAAACUUGUCGACGAAGAUGAGCCUCUAUUUAUGUCACUGAUUGUGGACCUGUUUCCCAGCAUGCAGCUUGACAAAAAGGGCUAUCCAGAAAUCGAAGCUGCUCUUCAACGUCAGGUAAUGAAUUAA